UGAACGAAGUGUCAAAAUAUUUUGCUUCAAUAACAACAACAAAGUGUUUGGAGUAAAGAUUUUCUGUGAAAUUCUUGAGAAAAAUGCCCUCAGAUGAGUAUUCCUGUGUUUCUCGAGGAAAAUUAAAGCUAAAGACAGAUGGAGAAAUCAAAAAGAAGAAGAAAAAGAAGAAGGACAAGGAGAAAUUGAAGGAGAAAAUUGAGGCAACUGCAAAUGAAGUGAAUGGAAGUUCUUCUGGAGAAGGAAGCACCUCCGGAUCUGGCCAGCGGAUGCUGACAAAGGCGGAAAUGGCAUUCAAGCAGAUGCAAGAGAAGACACAAAAGAAGAGAAUCCUGGAGAAGGCUUCAAUGACACACAAGGAGCGUGUGGAGAAAUUCAAUCAGCACCUGGACUCCCUGACGGAACACUUUGACAUCCCCAAAGUUUCAUGGACAAAAUAAUUCAUUGUCUACAAAUCUAUUUAUAUUUCUGUGUAUAAAUUACAAAUGCUUCAUCAUCGGAACCACUUUACUAUCUUUAAUCUGAUAUGUUGCUGCUGAGUUUUCUCUCACUUAAAAGGUAACAUUUAAGUUUAAUUUUUAUUUCAUUUAAUUAAUUGUGAAUUUAUGUAAUAAAUUACAAAGAUUUAGA